AUGCUUCAAUCAAUCACUCUGUCGCUGGACCCAAAGUAUGCACUAGGGCUGGCUGUUUCCUCGUUGUCUGUUUACUUUCUGACAAAAGUCAUCUACAACGUUUACUUCCACCCAUUGAGCCGUUUUCCGGGCCCAAUCUCCCACGCCAUUUCUCGGCUCCCAUAUUGCUAUCGUGCAACCAGCGGCACUCUGCCCUUUGAUAUGCUGAAAUUGCACAAACGCUACGGUAAUAUUGUUCGCAUCGCACCGGAUGAACUUGCCUUCUCACACCCCGAUGCCUGGAAGGACAUCAUGGGCCACAAGAAUGGAGCACCCGAGAUGGGCAAGGCUGCCUGGUUUUACCGACCUAUUGAGCAGCCUUUGCACAUUGUCAACGAGGACCCUGGAGAGCACAAACUUUUACGUCGUCAGAUGGCCCACGGCUUCUCCGAGAAAGGAAUGCGAGAUCAAGAGCCUAUGAUCAGAAAGUAUGUUGAUAUUUUGCUGAAAAAUUUACAGGAGUUCGCCGAACUUGACGAACCCGUUGUACUUUCUGACUGGUAUAAUUUUACCACCUUUGACAUCAUUGGGGAUCUGGCAUUCGGCGAGCCGUUUGGCUGUCUGGAAGAUUCGAGCUACGACGGCUGGAUCCAAAGCAUUUUUGAUUCAGGGCGUCUGGGUACAAUCCUGCAAGCACUGUCAUUCUUUCCUUUGAUAAAAAAGCUCUUGCUGUCCUUUGUCCCUCAAUCCCUGAAAGACGCCCAGCAUAAGCAUACCAAUCUAACCAAAGCUAAAAUGCUGCGCCGGAUGUCUAUAGCCGAAAAACGUCCCGACCUCAUCGAAGGUCUGUUGGUAAAAAAGGAUGAGCUGGAGCUCAAUCUGGAGAAGCUGGUUGCAAAUGCUGAAAUCCUGAUCAUUGGUGGCUCUGAAACCACGGCAUCGUUAUUGAGUGGAGUGACUUACUUACUCCUCACAAACCCCGAAGCCUACGAGAAUUUGAAGGGCGAAGUUCGCUCAACGUUCCAAAGCCAGGAUGACAUCAACCUGAUAAGUGUAAACAAACUUUCAUAUAUGCUUGCCUGUCUCGACGAGGGCAUGCGUAUGUAUCCUCCUAUCGCCAAUGGUCUUCCUCGGGUCUGCCCAACAGGGGGAUCUACUGUCCUGGGCGAAUACAUUCCACAGGAUACAUUUCUCUCAAUCCAUCAAUGGGCUCUUUACCGCCGUCAAGAAUAUUUCAGUAAACCUAACACAUACCACCCCGAACGCUGGUUGGAGAGUCCUAAGUUUGCGACCGAUUGUCGAGAUGUCUUCCAGCCAUUCCAUCUUGGCCCCAGAAAUUGUCUCGGAAGGAAUCUUGCAUAUAGUGAAAUGCGCCUCAUUCUUGCUCUAGUAAUUUUCAACUUUGAUAUGAAGAUUGCAGAUGAAAGCCAGGACUGGAUUCUACAGAAAAAUUUCUUGAUGUGGCAGAAGGGCCCCUUGAAGGUGUGUUUAACACCAAAGGCACAGAGCUCUUCAUGA